GCGCCUGGGAGCGGAAGAGAUGGGCGGAGAUAAAGGGCAAGCAGCUGGCCCGGCGCCCUGGAGCCCGGGCGGGGCGCGGGCGGGCCUUCGCUGGUUACUGGUCGCAAGUGGCCUGACCCGGCUCCUCCCUCGGUCCGCCGUGACAAGUUUAUCUUGUGACUGCCCCAGCUGCGUUUUCCUUCCUAGAUUGCGGAGCCGUCUUAUCCACGAUGCGUUUCCUGGCCGCCACGAUCCUGCUGCUGGCGCUCGUCGGUGCCAUCCAGGCCGAGCCCCUGCACUUCCAGGACUGCGGCUCUACGGUGGGAGUUAUAAAGGAGGUGAAUGUGAGUCCGUGUCCCAGCCAGCCCUGUGAGCUCCACAAAGGCCAGUCCUACAGCGUCAAUGUCACCUUCACUAGCGGCACUCAGUCUGAGAACAGCUCUGCCUCAGUGUACGGCAUCCUGGCGGGACUCCCCAUCUUCUUCCCCAUUCCUGAGCCUGACGGUUGUAAGUGUGGGAUCAGCUGCCCCAUCCAGAAAGACAAGGUCUACAGCUACCUGAAUAAACUGCCAGUGAAGAGUGAAUACCCCUCUAUAAAGCUCGUGGUGAAAUGGGAACUUCAGGAUGACAAAAAGCAAAAGCUCUUCUGCUGGGAGAUCCCGGUGGCGAUCACAGGCUAAACUCUGUGACACCCCGAGUCUGUGGGGGUGAGGGCCGUGGCUGCAGGGAGGGGAAGACACAGAAGAGAAAUCAGACCUGAAAUUGAACCCGUGCGGAAGAUGAACAGAAUUCCAAGACUGCUGUUUGAUGCCUCUCGACCUCCAAAAACGUAUCUGCGACCCUACUCUUGAGCUCAAGCUCUUGCCCCCUCGAUUGCCUUUGUUGAGGCCUCAGAAGGGAGAGGGAGACUGGAGUAGCGUAGAGUAGUCUCCAUGGCUGUUGCUGUUGGAUUCAAGUCGGUAGGGACGGGAGGAGGUGGCUUAGGGAUGUCAGAUGACUUGACCCGGGGCUAUGGAUCCACUGUGAAGGAUGGCCUCCGAGAGACUCCCCUCCAGCUGGGGGUAUGACCUCUACAGGUUCCUGCUCUCUUAAGUGCCUCCUGAGUCCCGUGCACCUGGCCAGUCCAUCUACCGAGUCUCCAUAGUGCCCUCAGCCCCGAAGCUUCAACAAUAGUGGCCAAACUCUCCAGUGUCCACACACUGGCCGAGAGGUGUUCUGCAGCAGAAACUGAGCUCUGAUUAGCUGCUUCUCUGUGGCCAGCUCUCGGUCCUUGUUCUUUAGAAAUCUUCAUUAAAGAUGACGCUUGGUUGCAGCGA